AGUGAGGCGUGGCGAAGGCGCGACAUUGUACAAUCCAGCAGAAGCAGAACAGCUCCUUCACUUUAAAAGGGUGAACGUGUGUGAGGUUCGAGGUCACUUCAGGGGAACGACGCAGUGGCCCAGCCUCCCGUUAGCAGGAAAAACAGACUCUUAUUAUUACCGAAUUGAUAUCUGUCCAAUAAUUUGGUCUCAGUCUGCGCUACAAACAGACCGUUCAAGGAAGAGCUGUCGAGACACAGAAUGGCUGCAUUUGGCCGUCUGAAGCAGUGCCUUCCCACAGGCAGCACCAUAUGUAGUCUUCACACCAGCAGCCGCGUUACUGCUAAACAGCACUACAAGAUGCUCGUGCUCGGAGGAGGAACUGGGGGCAUUACCAUGAGUGCUCGGAUGAAGAGGCUGAUGGGAGCUGAGAACGUUGCUGUUGUGGAGCCCAGUGAGGUGCACUACUAUCAGCCAAUAUGGACACUAGUAGGUGCUGGUGCAAAAAACUUACAAUCAUCUGGUCGCUCCACCGCCAGCAUCAUGCCUUCUGGAGUGAAGUGGGUGAAAUCCAAAAUUCAGGAAAUAAACCCAGACUCAAAUACUGUUCGCACAGAGGAUGGAAGUGAGAUCACAUAUGAGUAUUUGAUUGUGGCUCUUGGACUACAACUCCAUUUUGAGAAGAUUAAAGGACUACCAGAGGGGUUUGAACAACCAAAUAUAGGGUCAAACUAUUCGGUCGAGACAGUGGAGAAAACAUGGAAAGCACUGCAGAACUUCAAAGGGGGCAAUGCUGUGUUCACUUUCCCAAACAGUACUGUCAAAUGUGGUGGAGCUCCACAGAAGAUCAUGUACCUGACAGAUGCCUUUCUCAGAAAGACAGGAAAAAGGGCAAAUGCAAAUAUAAUGUACUACACAUCACUACCUGUGAUCUUUGGAGUCAAGAAAUAUGCUGAAUCACUGUGGGAAAUUGUUAAACAACGUGACAUACAAGUGAACCUGAGGCACCAUCUGAUAGAAGUGCGAGCGGACAAACAAGAAGCUGUGUUUGAAAACCUUGACAAUCCAGAGGAUACCAAAACAAUUGAGUAUGGAAUGCUUCAUGUCACACCACCAAUGGGACCCAACAUGGUGAUUAAAGGAGGUCCACUGGCUGAUGAAGCCGGCUGGUUGAAUGUCGAUAAAGAUACUCUCCAACAUAAGAGCUUUCCAAAUGUGUUUGGGAUUGGAGACUGUACCAACCUGCCCACAGCUAAAACUGGUGCUGCUGUUGCUGCACAGAGUGCUAUCUUGCACAGAACCAUCAGCAAAGUACUGAAAAAGGAGAAACCAGACACAAAGUAUGAUGGCUACACAUCCUGUCCAUUGGUUACAAGCUACAAUACAGUAAUCCUGGCAGAGUUUGAUUAUAAUCAACAACCACUGGAAACAUUCCCCAUCAACCAAGCCAAAGAAAGAAGACUGAUGUACUACAUGAAAGCUGAUGUGAUGCCUCAUCUCUAUUGGCAUGGACUUCUACGGGGCCUGUGGGGUGGACCAGGACCAGCCAGGAAACUCUUACAUCUUGGGAUGAAAUGAAGCAAUACUAUCAGUUUGCAUGUUAGGAGUUAAUUUCCAAAAUUUUAUUAUCAUUUUAACAUCAGUGCAAAAUUCAAUCAUAAACAUUCUGUUGGUCAUACAGUGCUAACUUCAUAAUUGCAUUAAAAAAUAAUUAUAUGUAUGCACUAAUCACUAAAAAUGUCUGCACUUAAAAAGGCUCCCAUAAUAACUGCAUAAGUGAACAUCAAAAUUAAAAGUUCAGUUGAUAUUGAAAAUUAAAAACACAAUAUUGCAUAUUA